GUGGAAUGUAUUGUUUCGAAUGCUGUCCGAACCGACUCCGAUCUUCUCGGAGGAGAGCAGCAUUUGAUAUUUACCGAGCUAUAUACAUGAGCCCGUAAGACACCGGCCCCGUUCGUUGGGUAUGCUGGGGACUACCAUUUGGUUGCUCUCCCUCUCUGCCCUACUAACUGCAUUCCUCACCGGCCUGCCCAACGUCCAAUUUCCUACCUAUCUCAACUUCUGGUCCAAGUCGACACAACGUCUGACAACCACUUGUCCUCAGCCUCUAACGUCGAUCGAUCAUAACUGCCCACAGCUGAAUUUCGCAGAUCUUCCUGACGAUCUUAAGAUGAUGCGAAUUGUUGUUGUCGGAGGCUCCAUAGGGGGCCUUAUGGCAGGAGUUGCUCUCAAACGUCUUGGACAUAGAAUCACCAUUCUCGAACGCUCACCAACACAACUCCUUCAUGACCAAGGGGCAGGUAUCGUUGUCGGGGGCGAAAACUACGUAUUCAUGCUGAAGCAUGACCUCACUCGCACCCCUUGGUGGGUCGAUAGCCCAUAUCGUCAUUAUCUGGACAGAGCAGGAAAUGUGAUCUCUCGUUCGGAUUAUCCUCAGCGAAUGACCAGUUGGGACGCACUCUAUCAUAUUCUCAGAGCGAACUUCGAUGGGAUGAAGAGUGCAAAUGUACCCAACCCACCGAAGGAAGAGCACUGGGGCGAAUAUAGACACGGGUGUGGUGUAACUCGACUCGAGACUUCUCCGGACCCUUCGAACAAGGUCAUAACAGCUCAUUAUGUCAAUCCGGACGGAACUCCCGACACAAUCGAGGCCGAUAUGGUCAUAGUAUCAGAUGGUUCUGGUGGUUCCUUGCAUUACCAGCUCUGCGGGAAAGAGAGCCAGCGUACAUACGCAGGCUAUGUUGCCUGGCGUGGCACUGUAUUAGAGUCCAAACUCUCACCGGCUACUCAGGAGGCUCUAGUGGAGAAGUUUACAUUCCACCAUUCUCCAGCCUUGCAAAUCCUCUCAUACCUCGUUCCCGGCGAGAACGGCUCCGUCGAACGCGGUAAUCGUAAACUCAACUGGGUCUGGUACAAUAAUAUCCCUCAUGACAGCGAACAUUGGAAGGAAACCAUGACUGACACCGAGGGAAACCUCCAUCAGUACAUCCUUCGUGCACCCAAGAUUCGCCCCGAAGUUUUAGAGAAACAACUGCAGAAGGCUCGGGACGUCUUACCACCCUCGUUUUGCGAAGCGGUUGAGAAGACCGACUAUCCCUUCAUUCAAGCCAUCACAGACAGUAUAAGCUCUCGUGCCGUAUUCCUUGAAGGUCGUGUUGUCCUUCUGGGUGACGCAGUUGCAGGAUUCCGACCUCAUACAGCGGCUAGUACGAGUCAAGCUGCUAUGCAUGCUUUGUUCCUUGAGGAGUUCUUGAGCCAGUACGAGGAUGGGCAGAAGGGCUUGUCGGAGAAGGAUGCAAAGUUGUACGAGCUGAAUGCAUUAGCGUAUGCAAAGGAUAUGAGCAGGCAUGGAAUUGAGAUGGGCAACUUGAGCCAGUUCGGGAAUCAUCCCCUGGCGCGAGCAAGUGCAGGGAGAAGUAGAUAGCUCAGUUAGUGGAUCGUUGGUCGUUUACUACAGAGUGUAACACCAGAUAACAUUCCAUAUAUUUAGUUUGGAGUUC